AUGAGAAAAUGCCCUUUUUUGGGUGAACUGACAGCGCGCCCGUCCGAACUUGGCCCGACAGGUGGAAAGACUCCACCGGUUUCACGGUGUCAACACGGCACCGGGAUCAUUUUUUCAUUUUUUUGGGGAAGGAUUGGAUAUUUAUCCCAUGACAUUCUGAAAAGAUCCGAGUCAAGCAUCAAAACAUAUCAAAAGCAUUCGAAAGCCAUCUAUUUCUAUCCUAUUUCUAUCCUGUGUUUAUAUAUUCUAAUCACGUUUAAUCUGUGUUUGAUCCACGAUUUCAGCGCUGAUAGGGACGGACGCAAAGCGCGAAAAGCAUCUUGGGCGCCAUGGCCAGCCCGGAAGUCGCGUUGUCACGGAGGAGUUCCUAGGGAAAUUGCCAUGAUUUGGGCACAUGUGCAGAAGGGUACCAUCAACACCCACUACACGCCGGAGAUGAUAAAAUGGGAAGAGACGCCGGCAUCGCAUAGCGCCACCCCACGCCAGGGGUCAAUCCCCGCCCUGACAGCCCCGCGACCACCCACAGCGGAGUGUCCGCCGCAACGCACGCCGCGGCUGAAGCAACAUGUCAUCUCUCCGGCGCGUUUGGGCCACAGUAUCCACAUCAACAAGACCGGCUUCCUGGAGGAUCGGGCUGCCACGGCCCGCGGUGGGAGCAGGCGAGGCUUGGAGAACACAGCACCUGAGCUGAGUUGGUGGAGCUUCACGGCCACGGGCCCCCGGCCGUCGGAGCGUCCGGUGAGCAGCGGCUGCGCCUCCGCGCGCACCCGGCAUCGCCUGGAAAGGAGCGAUGCGUGGAAAGGCGCCGAGCGAACAGUGGGUGACUUGCGACGGACUCAGGAGCUGCCAGUAGAUGAGCCUGCGGACACUUGUCGCGACUCUGCCCUCCAUACCCAUGCAGCUCUGCAGACACAGGCCUUCGUGAAGAGUUUUAUGGCCAUCACGGACAAACGCUUCACCUCGAAGGGCGAGAGCGUGGUCGAGGUGGACACGGCCUUGUCCUCCAAGAAGUCCACCGUGGCCAUGCCCAUGGCCCAGAUGAAACUGGCUCAAACGUUGGAACGCCUCUCAGCCCCCAAAAAGCGCCGUGGCCGCGCGCGGCAGAACGCGGGGGACCGCGAGAAGGGGCCCGAGCAGUCGUCUGAGGAGAUGCAGCUGGAGCUACAGAAGAAGAAGUUGAAGGAGCACACCAUCCGUCGUGUGAUUGCUGGUGAUGGCUACCAGGAGUAUGAGGGGGACUCGCGUUUGCCGGCGGAUCGUCAAAGCACUUAUGCCAUGGACGAGUUGAGCGGCCGAGAGCUCACCAGCACUGAAAAGAGCAACAUCACGGCCGUCUUCCGUGAGUUGCUGAAGACCUCGGGCGUCACCGAGCGGGCGGAGCAGCGGAAGGACGGGCGAGAUGCCAAGGCCGAGGAGGAAAAUGUGAGGGGCCCUUCAGGGGCAGUGAUUUCGUGGAACGAGGUCGCCAAGACCCUCCGUGGUCGUCUUUCAAAUGCUCACGUGCAGCGUUUGGGCGUCUACUUUGGUCUCAAGGGACUCAAAGGCAAGAUCCGGCAGAACCUCUACGUCGAGCGCUUGGGACUUUUGGUCACCGCCAGCCCCGAGCGCCGCCUGCGCAUCGCCUUCGGUCUCCUGGACGUGGGCGGCGAUGGCGUCAUCGGGCGCCGCGACGUCUUUGCCGCGCUGGCGGCCACGCGUUUUGAGGACCCGGGCUUCACCGACUUCGUCACUGCCGUCUUCACGCAACCGGGCGCCUACGGCAUCCACUUCGCUGACUCGGACACGCCAUCGUUGCUGGUGGUGGACGUGGUGACCGAGAGUCCAGCGGAGAAACAGGGCGUGCGCCUGGGUAGCCGACUGGCCAAGAUCAAUGGCAUGCACGUGGACAGGUUGACCCCUGAGGAAGUUAGGGCCCUGCUCAUGAACCCAGCAAGGCCAAUGUCAAUGACCUUCCGCAGCCGACCGCAGGAGCCUUCCGAUUCUGCUGCCGGCAUCAUCGAGCCGGCGGAUCUCAAGCGCUUAUUGGCAGCCCUACGUAUGGAUUUUGUAACACGACGUGUGAAGAUCUUGGUGGCUCACGCAAAGAACUUGAAGAGUCCAGAUCAACACUUCACCAACUCCAACCCCUACUGCCAAGUCGAAGUGGAAGGAAAGCCAAGGACCAGGUGGCAAACCAAAGCGUUGCCUGAAAAUCUGGAUCCGGAGUGGAAAGAGGAGCGUGAGAUUGCGGACUUCGCCGUUGGCGCCACGUUGAAAUUUACCGUGCGGGACAAAGAUUUCGGUACCAAGGAAGACGAUAUCCUGGGAAUCGCCACGUUGCACAGCAGCCGCUUUCAACAUUCCAUCUUCGAUGGUGAACUUCCGCUAUAUGAUGAGAACAUGAGGCAAAAGACCAAUUCUCUCUUGACUGUUCGCGUGGGCCUCAGUGGUGAAGGCGGUGUAGGCCUCACGGACUUCGAAAAGGUCUUUCACGACGGGGAGCCAUCCUUCCUACAGAAGCUGCAGGAAGUGAUGACUGGAUGCGUUCAGAAGAAAAACGAACACCAAAUUCAGCCUGUGAAGAUUCAAGUGUGCUUUCUCAGUGCCACCGGCCUCCGCAAUGCUGACACCGCAGCUUACGCCGCAUGUGAAACUCACAACAAGGCAAAGUUUGACAAGAUCCGUCCCAAGACCGUUUCAGAGACUUUGGAUUUGGUGGCUAUUGGAACAGAGAAACCUCAAGUGGUCGAGUACAUGCCUGGGGAGGCCUUGCGCUUUGCGGUCUUUGAUGGUCCCAAGGCCGAAAACGCCGAGCUGUUGGGAUCCCACGUCUUCGCCAGCGAGCGCUUCUGGCCCGCCGGCUUUGAAGGUACCCUGCAGUUGGCUGAGGAGCAAAGCCGCAGAGAGAAGAAGUCGAAUGUGAUGCUGAAGGUCAAGGUGGUGACCCCCGAAAGCGCGCUGCCACAUCAGUUCGCUGCCGCGGUGAAGGAGUCCAGCGGUGUCAACGGCUUGGAACGCUUCGAGGUGGAAAUGAAGGAGUUACGUGCGCGCAUGCCUUUCUUGAACGAAGCAGACUUUGUGUGGCACACUCGGGUGUUUGAAGCCUUAAGAGACGAGGACUGGUUGGUGCAGAGGGCCAGGUUGAUCACCUCCGCAGACAAGAUCUUUGGCAUUCCUGUGGGGCACAUCGCAGGACGACUCUUUGAAUCCAUCUCGCCCAAGGGACAAGCGAUUGGCGUGCUGGAUUGGGGCAUGUUCAUGCAGAAGCAUCGCGGGAACACUUGGGAUGCCCAGCAGGAAAGGCUCAACUUGACCUUCACGCUCUAUGACUUAGACGGUGAUGGAAUGUUGUCUUUGGCGGAUGCCAUCAGCCUGUCCAGUGAGGUUGUACGCCUUGAAAAGAUCUACGGCGAGGACAGCAACUCCAUCGGAGUUUGUGAAGAGAUGCGCUGGCUCUACGGGCUCAUCGCCAAUGCCGCGGACGGUGGACGUGACGGUGGACGCUUGGACCUGCAGGUCUUCAAGCAAUUGCGGCCGGAUCCCUCCCUCAUGGCCGCGAUGUCGAAGUGCUUGGAUGCCUUGGCAAGAGUCGGUCGAUGA